AUGAGUUCGACUCGACUGCGUUCGCACGCAUUCUCCGUCACUGAGGCGCGAGAGGCAGAUCGACGCAGCGCGGCCAAGCUCAAGGCUCUGGAAGCGACCAUGAACUCUUUCCAGAGCUCCACCACCCUCAGUGAGCAGAAAACGGAAUGGAUCUCUUUUGCGUCAAACCUCCAUCAGCUACGGCGCAACGAGGAAGCCUCCCUUCAGCGCUAUGAGCGCCUCGUGGAGAGCCUGGUCGAGUCUGUGCCUGAAAUACCGAGUAUGCGAGUGAAGGAUCAUGAGAGCGUGGGAGAGACUUAUAACGGGCACUGCUCCUCUCCGCCAGAACCGGUAGCCGAAGUAAAACUGCCACGAUCUGCAGUGUGUACUUCAUCGCCUCCAGACUGCGGUGAUGCCAUGUGCAAAACUGACAGCGAUUAUGAAGAGCUACAGAGCGCCGACACACUGCUUGAGAACGCGGUAAUGCUAGCAAAACUGGGGAGGCGAAUUGCCGCCCAGCUUGGCGAUGGCAUCAACCGGAGCAAAAAACAUCGAGAUGCUGGAAGUAUAACACCUCAGGUGCACAGUACUGGUAGCUCCCCAGCUUACCUUGCUCCGGGGAAUCUUCGGCCGGGACGAUACGACAACACACGAGCCAGUCCAAAGGAGAAAGGAAAUUAUGUUGGAGUAACUUCAGGAAGCACCUGCUGCAGCACAACAACAAGUCUCACGGAUCACAUGUUCACAUCACAGUCAUCAAUAUGCAGCGACUCUGCUGCAGAUCUAAACAGCCCCCCGUCACUCCGGCUACAAGUCCUUGGUUUCACGGAACUUCUAGAGCAGUAUGGACUCAUGGUCGUCGCGGUCGGACACGAACUAGAGACGGCGUGCAUUGCCGCUCAGCAAGAAGUACAUGAACGCAAAGUUUCUCUCCGGCGCAUCCUCCAGCCACGAAACGGCGCCUUCACCCUUCCUUUAGACUCCAGCCGAAGAGGAGGAAGUUCGCAGAUAGAGAACGUGUUAUCGCAACUCGAUCCCGGAGAACUUACUGAAGAAGAAGAGACUUUUGUCGACUCCUGCUACUCCUGCCUCCGUGAUGAUGCUUGCCACGCUUCGUCACACAUGGUCCAGGUCGCCGUCCGCUACCAAGAGGAACUUCAGCGCCUUGAAGAUGACUACGAAAAGGACCAGGAUAUCUAUAGGCAGAAGCUGGUUUCGCUUAACAACACUAAGAAAGAGCUUAUGAGCAUGCUAUGCAGCCUCUGGGAAACUGACUCCUGCCGGCGCGUGCGACCCUCCGUGAGAAGCGGCUCCUGUGACUCGGCGGAGUUACCUUGGAGUUCCGCUGUGUCGAUGGGCUCGCUGGCUAACAGUCAAUUCGCGGCAGGACAGACGGUCAGACAGGAAACAGAUUUGAUGGCGAAAAGUACUACCACGCAACCCGAGACCGUCGACCAGUCGAAUCCUGGAGCAGCGGUUGACGAUGGACAGGCACCGGAAGCAGAGUCGCAUUCUGACAAUCUGGUUGUUCCCGAGAAAGCGACACCUCUUCAAAUGGUGACUGAUCGCUUCACCUUUGUCUGCAAUCAGUUCGCGUAUCCGGGUGCGUCCAGGUCGCUUCUGCUUAAGCGUUUGCAGCUCGAAUUUCGUACCGCCACUCCUCAGCUCCUCCGCGAAGCGAUCGAGAUCUACCGACAGAUAGCUCUGCUGCAGCAAAGACGCAUGGGCCGCUGGCGGGAGUUCACAUCAGCUCGCGUCGAGGCGUUGGCUGCCGCAAAGGAACACAGGGCAGAUGCCAUUCGCAGCUUUGGCCAAGCGAAGGCGAAGAAAAUGAAGAGAGUACAGCACAUGAAGAAGACUGCGGCGCUUCAAGCGAGGCUUGAAGUCCAACGGGCGGCGUUCCAGGAGAAGGAGCGAGUUCGGCAACAAGCCGAAAACGAGGAGAGAGCUCGCGCAGCAGAGCAACAGGAUCUUAUAGACGCUCGGGAACGCAAGCGUCUCAAGGACGCCAGACUCAAGGUGCAGAGCUAUGUGCAACGCAGAGCUGAGCAACUCCGAAGGGAGAUGACUGCGGCGGAGGAAAAGGCCUGCGAGGAAGCCGCGCGGUGUCUGGCAGCUCGGCGGCGCAACGCAGUUCGAGUCAAACGCCGGAGGGAAAUGGAUGCAUGGCAGCAUCAGCAGAGAGAAGAGCGACGCCGGCAAAUUCUCACUCGCCAGCAAGAAAUUGUGGAACGCAUCCGGAGGGCCGCGGAAAGGUUUGGUAUAGUCGUCGAGAGCGAUCCGUCGAGGAUGAUGUCAGAAACUGCCUCGAGCCGGGCGCGCGUUGAGGCAACGAAGCAGGAACGCACAGAAGAGGCUCCCGAACCCGCCAGAAUCCAGUUCUUUGGAGUCCGCCACAGCUACGGAACAGAGAAUCUGCUUCGAGACAUGCGGCUUAAGCUGGCAGUCGCACUCUUUGAAGCUGGGCUACACCGGUCCCAGGCAGGACACGAAGCACUACUGUCCAUGGGGCCGAAGCUAAACGCACAGUAG